GGGCUUCCGGGGCGGGGCGAGGGCUCACCCGGCCUUGUGGGAAGCCGGGGCGGUGCUGGCGAGUAGCUGCGGGUCUGAGGGGCGGCGGAGCACCCGGUGACGGCCGGGACAGGCCAUAAUGACUUCACCAAGUAAAGCAGUUGAAUUACAACUACAAGUGAAGCAAAAUGCAGAAGAAUUACAAGACUUCAUGAGAGAUUUAGAAAACUGGGAAAAAGACAUUAAGCAAAAGGAUUUGGAGCUGAGAAGACAGAGUGGUGUUCCUGAAGAGAGUUUACCUCCUAUUCGAAAUGGGAAUUUUAGGAAAAAGAAGAAAGGGAAAGUGAAAGAAUCUUCUAAAAAAACCAAAGAGGAAAACACUAAAAACAGGAUAAAAUCUUAUGAUUAUGAGGCGUGGUCCAAACUUGAUGUGGACAGUAUCCUUGAUGAGCUUGAUAAAGAAGACAGUAUCCACGAUUCUGUGUCUCAGGAGUCAGAGUCAGAAGAAGAUGGGAUUCACAUAGAUUCACAAAAGGCUGUUGCUCUAAAAGAAAAGGGCAACACAUUCUUUAAACAAGGAAAAUAUGAUGAAGCUAUUGAGUGUUACACCCGAGGCAUGGAUGCUGAUCCGUAUAAUCCUGUCUUGCCAACCAACAGAGCAUCAGCCUACUUCAGAUUGAAAAAAUUUGCUGUUGCUGAAUCUGAUUGUAAUUUAGCAAUUGCUUUAAAUAGAAAUUAUGCAAAGGCUUAUGCCAGACGAGGUGCUGCUCGAUUUGCUUUGCAAAAAUUAGAGGAUGCCAAAAAAGACUAUGAAAAAGUAUUAGAACUGGAACCAAAUAACUUUGAAGCAACAAGUGAACUCCGGAAAAUCAACCAGGCUUUAACAUCUAAAGAAAACUCCUGUCCAAAGGAAAUUGCUACAAUGAUCGCAUCAACUGAAGGAGAGAAGAAACAAAUUGAAGAACAGCAAAACAAGCAGCAGGCUAUUUCAGAGAAAGAUCUGGGGAAUGCGUUUUUCAAAGAGGGAAAAUAUGAGCGAGCAAUUGAGUGCUAUACUAGAGGGAUAGCAGCAGAUGGCGCUAAUGCCCUUCUUCCAGCUAACAGAGCAAUGGCCUAUCUGAAGAUUGAGAAAUAUGAAGAAGCUGAAAGAGACUGCACACAGGCCAUUUCAUUAGAUGGCUCAUAUUCUAAAGCCUUUGCCAGAAGAGGAACUGCAAGAACAUUUUUGGGAAAGAUAAAUGAGGCCAAACAAGAUUUUGAAACUGUUUUACUUUUGGAACCUGGAAAUAAACAAGCAAUCACUGAACUUUCCAAAAUUAAAAAGGAAUUAAUUGAGAAAGGACACUGGGAUGCUGUUUUUCUUGAUUCCACACAAAGACAAAAUGUGGUAAAACCCACUGAUAAUCCACCUCAUCUUGGAUCAACUAAACCACUCAAGAAGGUUAUUAUUGAAGAGACUGGUAAUUUGAUACAGACUGUUGAUGUGCAAGAUAGCACUCCUGCUGCUGCUCCAGAGAGUAAUCCUAUUAACCUAGCAAAUGUAAUAGCAGCCACAGGCACUGCAAGUAAGAAGAAUUCAAGCCAGGAGGACCUUUUGCCCUCAAGUGAUACCCCAAGAGCAAAAGUAUUGAAAAUAGAAGAAAUUAGUGAUACAUCGGCUGUGCAACCUCAAGUCAGUUUGAAACAGGAUGUGUGUCAGUCUUCCUGUGAAAAGAUUUCUAGAAAGGUAGAACAAAUCUCCGCUCAGCUUGUCACAAGUGUGCUGCCUCCAGUUCCUGCCAACUCGUUCCAACUUGAAUCUGAUUUCAGACAGCUGAAAAGUUCUCCAGAUAUGUUGUAUCGGUAUUUAAAGCAAAUCGAACCAUCCUUGUAUCCUAAGUUAUUUCAGAAAAAUCUAGAUCCAGAUGUGUUUAACCAGAUCAUUAAAAUUCUGCAUGACUUUUACAUUGAGAAAGAAAAGCCAUCACUUAUUUUUGAAAUCUUACAGAGACUUUCUGAGCUAAAAAGGUUCGAUAUGGCUGUGAUGUUUAUGUCAGAACCUGAGAAAAAGAUUGCACGUGUAUUAUUCAAGCACAUAGACAAAUCAGGACUAAAAGAUAAUUCUGUUGAAGAACUCAAGAAAAGAUAUGGUGGUUGAUUUCCAUUUUUACUGAAAUUAUUGUUUUUGCUUGUAAAUUUUUUUCUAUUGAAAAUAAAGUGUUUUUGUUAAGAAAAUGAAAAACAGGAAAACCUUUUUGAACAUAAGUUAAUUAACUAGUGUGAAAUGCAUUCAGGUGAACUAUUUAUGAGUCCUUUUCUGAAAAUAAAAAUAUAAAUGUAGAUGAGUUAUA